GGCCUACACGUCCGUUGACGGAGAGGGCCGUGAGAUGGACGACUGCCCUCAAUACCGGACCCACCUCGCCGUCAAGCUGGAGCUCCAGAAACACACAGCCGUCGGUACCCACAUGGCAGAAAAAAAUAAAAAAGAUAUGGAAGAAGAGCUCACCUGCAGCAUUUGCCUCUCUCUCUUCGAGAUUCCGGUGACGAUUUCAUGCGGACACAACUUCUGUCACGACUGUCUUACCUCCAGCUGGAAGGAGAGCUACGACUGCCCUCAAUGUCGGGCCCACUUCCCCACCAGGCCAGAGCUCAAGAAGAACACAGUGCUCAGUAAUUUGGUGGAAAAGUUCAAAAACUGCUCCAGUAUGACCGAGUUCGGAUUUGAGAAGGAGGAGGAAGCCGUCAAAAAGCCCAUCGUGAUGUGCGAUACGUGUAUGUCCUCCGAGGCGGCCAAGACCUGUCCCACCUGCAUGGCGUCGUUCUGCCUCGAGCACGUUUGUCCCCACCUCGACAACCCGAACUACCGCGCGCACCAGCUCAGAGAGCCGCUCGCGGACAUGAGCGAGCACAUCUGCCCCGACCACCACAAGCCGAUGGAGUUCUUCUGCGUCGAACACAGCCGCUGCAUCUGCAAACUCUGCCUGCAGCAGGUCCACAAGGGAUGCACCCUCAAGACUCCCGAUAACCAAAAGGCUCUGAAAGAGUCUGAUUUGAAAUCCAAAUUGUUGUUCCUGGAUUCAAAGAUUGAAAAGGACGAGGCUGUAAUUUCCCAGAUAACAGUGGAUCAGAACAAGUUAAAGGAAUCUGUGACCAGCAGGAAGAAGAUGCUGGAGACAGAGUACCAGCAGAUCCGAGAGAUGCUGGACAAAGAGGAGCGUGAAGCCAUGAACACAGUGGACAGCCAGCUGCAGAGUGGAGAGGACAAGUACAAUAACCUCACAAAGAGUUUCUCCAAGAAUAUCCAGGAGAUGGACAGCAUCAAACGUGCCAUCAGCGAUCUUCUGAGUCAGUCAGACAUCCUAGCCUUUCUGCAGGCUUCUCCACUGGACCUGCCUUCUCAUUUCAAUAUUGAGUACAAGCCUCCUGGGGUGAAUCUGGACACCACAGACGUGAUUGGCGCCCAGACGUUCGUCGUUGUCUUCAAGGAUUAUCUGUGUGACCUGUUGAAAAAACCUGUUGCGAAGAGACUAGCGAUACUGAAACCAGGGACCUUCCAGGGUGCCGGGCACUUCAAGGGUACCGGGCUCAUCCAGGGUCCCAGGCCCUUCCAGGGUCCAAGGCAGUUCCAGGGUCCAAGGCAGUUCCAGGGUCCAAGGCAGUUCCAGGGUCCGGGGCAGUUCCAGGGUCCAAGGCAGUUCCAGGGUCCAAGGCAGUUCCAGGGUCCGGGGCAGUUCCAGGGUCCCGGGCACUUCCAUGGUCAACCAGGUGUCCAACCUGGUCCAGCACCCUGCUCGGUUCCAAGACUCCCAGGACCCAGGGGCAGACAUCCGUGGAAACCCGCCCAGGGUCAAAAGGAAAAGGGUGAGACGAAGAUGAAGGAAUCCCGCUCUGUGGAGAACCUUCUGAAUGUAAACAAGAGAGAUCAAUCCAGAGGCCGGACACCUGAACGGAAAUCAACUGAGGAUCAAGAUUCUUCGAACGUCCCGCCGACCAUUACCUCCCUCAUAGACAGACACAAGCUUCUCAAAUACGCUGCGGUGCUCACCUUGGAUCCAAAGACGGCCCACAGACGUGUGAAGCUGAGCGACGACCUGACCGAGGCCUCAGUGAUGGACGUGCCAGCGAACUACCCCGACGGCCCUGCGCGGUUCUCAUUCUGCUCCCAGGUGCUGACCUCCGAGAGUUUCUCCAAAGGACGCCACUACUGGGAAGUGCAGAUGAGUAGCAACAACUUUGUGGGCAUAGGGCUGUCUUACAAGAGCAUGGAUCGCAAAGGCCCCACCAGUCGCUUGGGCCGUAACGACCAGUCCUGGUGCGUGGAAUGGUUCACCCUGAAGCUGUCUGCCUGGCACGCCAACAGCGAAACGGUGCUAGAGAAUCUCAGUACCAACCGCAUUGGCGUGCUGGUGGAUUGUGAUGAGGGAACGGCCACGUUUUACAGCAUUGGUGAGAAGGCGAAUCCCUUCCACACUUUUGUGUUUCCUUUCACCCAAGCCGUGUAUCCGGCAUUCUGGAUCUUCUCCAACACCUCUUCCAUCGCCUUGUGCAAGCUGUCUGGCUGAGGGGUGGCUAUGCAUACAUUGGCUUUGUGACAUUGUAUGAUCUACAUUUACCCUUUUCUUGAUACACGGGGACAAUGCUUAUUUACUUGAACCAUCCGGAUUAUUUGACCGCUAAAAAAAAUGAACACUUGUUCUACUCUUCAAUCACUAAAGGUCUUAUGAUUAAUGGAGUUCAAAUGUGUCAUGAAAAGUAAAACACGGGUGUCUUAAAUCUGAUACGUGAGACUGAAUUGUAUGUUAUACACGGGCCGUUUUACAUUCUUUCACUUCAAAUUUGUUUCGACCAAUCAUGUUCCUCCUGGAGCGGAGAAGUCGCAACUGGAACCAACCUGACAGGCUGAAGCACAGAAAACGUGACAUGGUUCCCCAUCGAUUGGAAGUGACA